AUGGUUAAACGAGGUAGCGGUCUCUCCCCUCAAAAAGAUGUGCGCCGCUCGAGUCGUGAACGUUCCAUGGUCUAUCGAAGCUUGGCGGAAAAUGAUCUCGCUGAACAUCAUUUACGGGGAAGCUUUAUGAAGAGCAUUAUCCGAUCGGCAACAGAACAACUUCAUAAGGAAUUGAUAAAUGCCCCAGUUGCUGGUUAUACGCGCUCUGGCAGAAGAAUUGGCGGAGGCGCUCAUUACGAAGAGAGUAACACAUCCGAUGAUGAAGAAUAUGAAAAGCGGAGAAGGCGCCGAAGAUUUGCCAAAGAACGCUUCAACGAUGAGAACGUGGAUAUUCGAUCUCCAAGUCCAAAAAGGAGUUCACGCAAACGUAAUGCAGAUGAGAUUGAGGCGAAUAACGAGGUUGUGAUCAAUCCUUUUUUGAAUUUUGCGAUUCAA